AUGGCUGCUUGCUCGGCCACUGCCAGUUUCAUCACCGAGAACAAGCCUGCGAUCAUGGAGGCCGAGGGCAUGCGCGAGGAGUCGGAACAGAUCUUAGUGGUCGUGCAGCAACGGGUCCAGGGUGCGGUGCAGCAGGUGAUGGAGGCCACGCAGAGGGCCAGAGAGAUCAAGGAGGCUGUCUCUAAAGGCAUUGUUGCGAAGAAACGUGGCAGGAUCCAAGAGAGCAUCUUCAAGAAAUACAACUCCAAAAAAGAUGGCCACCUGAGUCUCGAUGAUGUGAAGGCCUAUGCCAAGGGCGAGUGCAAUUUUGAGAUUCCCCAGGCGAAUCUGGAUCGAAUCUACAGGCAACUCGUCGAGAGCAACGGGGGAGUGUACCUCAGGGAUUUCUUCCUGUUGAGGACCACAAUCGGCAUUGCACGCGACGAGGUCGCUGGAAACGAGCGGCAGGCAAAAAGGCUAGAGGAGGAAAGAAUCAGGAAGGAGGAAGAGGAGAGGAUCAAGAAUCUGGUAAUCGAGAAAAAGGGCGAGCUCAAACCGCAAGUGGAGGAGCUGCUUGAGGCACUUGGUGCAUUUGGGCCGAAGGUGACAGUAUCUGACCAAACUGCUGCAAAGCUCUCCGAAGGCGCACAAGAGAUGGGCAACGAGCAGCUUAGGACGAACUCAAUCGAGCUGGACACCACCAUUAAGGAGCUCCGCGCAGAGCUCGGCGAGCUGCAGAAACGCAUUGAGAAGCUGAACGCGGCCUCUGGCGAGUUCCCAGAGCUCAUGGACGCGAUGCGCCUGGAGCUGACAAAGCUCACAAGCCACGCAGACGUGUACGAUUGGCGUUUGCAAAAGUCCGGGGGCAUCGCGUCUGAAGGGUCUAAGCUUGCGCGCCAGAGGGCCCUGAUCGAACAGGACGCUUUCCGCACGGAGGUAGCCACGAAGCUCCGCAUUUGUGUCGAGAACCAGGGUAAGAAGGCGGAAGAAUUGUUCAAAAUCAUUGCCAAAGACGCGCAGUACAUCAGUGCCAAGGAUAUCCAGGAGUUCUUGACCCAGAAUCAGUGCGAGAUUGAUCCGGACAUGCUAUGCAUCGCGCUUCAGAGUAUCGAGAACCAUCCAGAAACGCAGACCGAGUCCGCCAUUGCACCUGCGAUGCCAGAGUUGCCAGCACUCAAAGAUGGCAACCAGGCUGAGGAAAAGGACAAGAAGGAGGACGGCAAGCCAGCUGAGGAAAAAACGACAGAAGAAAAGCCAGCCGAGGAAAAGCCAGCUGAGGAAAAAGCGGCAGAGGAUAAGCCAGCAGAGGAAAAGCCGGCAGAGGAAAAGCCAGCAGAGGAAAAGUCAGCAGAAGAUAAGUCCGUUGAGGAGAAGCCGGCAGAUGAGAAGCCAGCAGAUGAGAAGCAGGCCGCCGAAGCUCCUCCGGUUGGCGGCAAGACUCCCGAAGCAACAAAGGCAAGGAUCCACCAGAUGAAGAUUUCAGAAGAUGAUUUUACGCGCUUCCUGCGCGUGUAUUACAAAGUCGUGAAGACGAUCGUUCUUUCUGACAGCUUGUACAUCGAGCAAAGCAAACAAAUCAGGCGAAUGGAAGUGGGCGAGGUCAUGGAGGUCUCUCAGGGGCCUACGAUGGACCCGUCCAUCGGCAUCUAUCGGAUCCUUGGACGCGCGCUCAUGGACGGGGUCACCGGCUGGGCAACGAUCGCUGGCAACCAGGGCGCCACGUUCUUGAUGCCUGGCCUGAGCCUGUUCAAGGUGAAGAAGGAGAUUGUCCUGUCGGAGGAUCUGCGAGACAUGGAGGGGGCCAAGCCCGUGAAGAAGCUCGAGGAGGGCCAGAUGCUGGAGAUGAUCGAAUGGGGCCGCACGUCUAGGAGCAUGCUGGGCAUAACCCGCAUACGGGCAAGGGCGGACGAUGGCUCCAUCGGCUGGGCGACGAUGAGCGACAACGAGGGCAACGUAAACCUCGAGCCCACGUGA